AGAACCUGAGCUUUAUUUUGGGAAAAGAAGUUUUUUUUAAACAAAAAUAAAACAAAUUUGAAAGAAUAUUUUAAUAAAUUAAACAAAAAAAGAAAACUCAACGAAAACAUGGUGUCUGUAGAAACAAUUGGCUCAAUAUUUAUCAAGGCCUUGAAAUUGGUCCUCAAUUUAAUCAUUCUUAUACUUUAUCGCAUUGGUGAUGGCGGUGAAUUCUUGGGGGUUGGCGGCACUUGGAAUCUAAAUGAGGAGAAGAGUGCAGAUUGUGAAAUAGUAGCAUCUGGAGUAAUGGUGGGCUUUUUCAUUUACACCGGCUGUCAUACUAUUGCCUAUUUGUUUGGCACCACCAAACACAAGAGAGAAUUAUCCGACACCAUUAUGAAUGUGGUGGGCACCUUCAUGUGGAUAGCUGUAGGCGGUACUGCUUUGCACUACUGGAAGGGUUACAUGAAGGACAAUGAUUUCUUGUAUGUGGCCUCUGAGAGACAAGUUGGCAUUGCCAUGGGUGCUUUGUGUGUUAUAGAGGGUGCCUUGUAUCUAUUGGAUACGGUAUUGGCCUGCAUACAUUAUUCCAAGGGAGAUUCCGAUUAUGUGCAAUAAAUGAACAAAUUUAGAAGAUGAGAGGAGUGCAGAGAGACAGAGAGAAGGAGGAGGAGGGAACAUCAUGUUUAGAACAGCAACAAACGAAUAUAAACUAUUUUUUUUUUCAUAUAAUUUUUACAACAUAAGUUCAAAUUAGUUUUAAAAUAAUUUUGCCCGUUAGUUUUUUCAUUAAAAAUCUAAACAAAAAAGAAAAUUUUUAAAUAAUUGUACAAAAAAUCAAUAAGAUUUUUAAUUGAAAAUUAAAUCAAAGAGAUUUUUUUUAAAUAUUUUUAAAUUAAAACACCACAAAAAUUGUCACUGGCAUUUUUAUUUAUGAACAUUUUAUGAAAUUUCAACUCCCAGCAAUCAUUUACAUAUUUUUAAUAUAUUUUGUUUAAAUUACUAUCACCUUAUUAUUUUCUAUAACAAUAAAGAUUUUUUUAGUUAAAAAAA